AUGGCGCAGUUCAUUCCGCGCCAGGGCUUCCCUAAUUAUGGGGCUAUCCCAAGGUCCUACUUCCUUGGGCAUCACCGGGCCGGAUUGACCAAGAUGAAGAGCAUGCUCUCAUUAAUUGACUAUGUUGUUGAGUGCCGCGACUACCGAGCGCCUGUCACAUCAAUCAAUCCCAUGUUUGAAGAAGCCCUAGGCAAGAUUCGGCGACUGAUUGUCUACACGAAGAGAGAUCUUGGAGGCGUUCUACAUUCAGCAGAGCAGCAGUCGUUAGAAAGAAAAGUGCGAAGCUUCGACCCGAACAGUACCGUCUUCUUUACGGACUCGUCCUCCCGUGCAGACCUCAACCGCAUCAUCAAACACCUUCGAACUGAUGCUGCAAUGCCCGAUAAGCUGACCGGAUGCCGGAUAAUGGUGGUUGGAAUGCCCAAUGUGGGAAAAUCUACAUUAAUCAACCAUCUGCGAAACCACGGGGUGGGAAAAGCAAAGGCCUUAAAAACCGGUGGUCAACCUGGAAUUACCCGCAAGAUUGCAAGUCCUGUCAAGAUUAUUGAGCGAGAAAGUGGAUCACACACCUACGUCCUUGAUACGCCUGGUGUCUUUAUGCCCUAUGUUCCGGAUGCGGAGAAUAUGCUCAAAUUGGCUCUUGUUGGCUGUGUCAAGGAUUCCGUCAUAUCGCCCGUGACUCUCGUGGACUACUUAUUGUAUCAGAUCAAUCUGCAUGAUCCGCUGGCGUAUCAGCGUUGGUCUGAACCUACAAAUGAGGUAAUCCCUCUACUUGAAGGCUUUGCGCGUCACACUGGAUUGCUCAUGAAGGGAGGGAUUCCGAAUGUGGAUGCCGCUGCUUUGCAUUUCAUCUCGAAAUGGAGAUCGGGCGAUGUUGGAAAAUUCAUUCUUGACGACCUCGAUGCUGAGAAGCUGCGCAUGGAGAACCCGGAUGAGACCCAACGUAUGAGCAUGUCCCAAGCACUGAAAUUCGAAAGGGUAAAUCGAAAAAAUAAGUCGGAAUCCGAUACCCCAUCCGAUUAG